AUGGUACAUCUAGGCUACGAUGACGUGCACCCCUUCUCCAAGGUUGACAUAAAGGACAGGGCUUCCGUGCAGGAGCUCCUCGAAACUGUUCUCGACCCUCUAGAGCCUUUCUUCUCUCCCGGAAAAGCCCGGGUCAGGUGUCCUGGUGCCACUGCCGUUCGCUUUGACCAGACUGCCUCCGAGGUUGAGGGCUUUGCCCGCCCACUCUGGGGUCUGGCCUUCCUGCUCGCUGGCAAUGGCAAGUACCGUGGAACAGACUGGUGGGUUAAGGGGUUCACGACAGGAACGGACCCUGAUCACCCUGAGUACUGGGGUUAUCCGAGGGACAACGAUCAACGCAUGGUUGAGAAUUGCCCGUUGGGUUUCGCUCUGGCCGAGGCGCCUGUCAUCUGGCAAAGCUUGACGCCGAAGGAACGGGAGAAUGUGGAGAAUUGGCUUGGAAACUCCAUAAACGAGAAGAGGAUGCCUAACACCAAUUGGCUAUGGUUCCGGGUAUUUGCCAACCUAGGGCUCAAGAAGAAUGGCGGAAAGUUCUCCCAGGAGAAACUCGACAGUGACAUCAAGCACCUCGACACGUUUUACCGGGGAGGCGGCUGGUCAAAUGAUGGACCCGAGGGUAUUCAUCAGAUGGACUACUACUCUUCUAGCUUUGCAAUCCAGUUCCUCCAGCUCCUAUACGCCAAAAUUGCAGGAGACGACGAUCCCGAGCGCGCACAGGAGUUUAAGAAGCGUGCGCAGCUGGCUGCCCUGGAUUUGGCGCACUACUACGAUGACGUGGGGAGGGCCAUCCCAUACGGCCGCAGCAUGUCCUACCGAUUUGCCAUGGUGUCAUUCUGGGGCGCUCUGGCCUAUGCUGGUGUCGAGCUGCCUGCUCCCCUGACGUGGGGUAUGGUCAAAGGUAUAACCUUGCGCCAUCUCCGCUGGUGGCAGACGCAGAAUGACAUGUGGACAUCAAGCGGGACCAUGUCUCUGGGGUACUCGUACCCCAACAUGUGCCCCGGCGAAGACAACUAUGAGAUUAACCCCUUACAGUACUGGGCAACUCUGGCCUUCAUCUGUCUGGCCGUCCCUGAGACACACCCAUUUUGGACAUCCAAGGAGGAGUUUCCCAGCCAGGUCAUUCCCAGGAUCAAGGCUCUCCACCAGCCUGGACAUAUCAUGAGCUACCUCGGCGGCCACUGCAUGCUCCUCUCCUCGGGCCAGGCAUGCAGCUACCCGAUGAAGGGCACGCACGCCAAGUAUGGAGGAUUUGCCUACAGCAGCGCAUACGCCUACUCCGUCCCCCCCGGCCUGUUCUCGCUCGAGCAGUACGCACUGGCAUCGCAGCUGGGUCUGUCGGACGACGGGGGCGAGUAUUGGAAGACCCGGAGGACAAGCGAGUAUGCAGCAAUUGAGUACCGUGACGACAAGCCAGUUCUCGUGUCAGUGUGGCGCCCGUUCCCCGACGUCAAGAUCCGGACGAUCCUCGUACCGGCCACAGAGAAGACGCCCAACUGGCACCUGCGCGCUCACAAGAUCGAAGCGGGGCGCGAAGUGAUGACGGCAGACGGCUCAUUUGCCAUCCGCAACGUCAACUCGGACAAUGGACGGUACCUGGACGCAUACGACGCGGCCAGGUGCGAGGGCACGUCGCCCAUCAUCAUCGGCAACUACGACGUUACCACCCCCUCGGGGUGGGCGUCCGGUCGUGACGGGUCAUUUGCCGUGUCCAAGGGAGCAGUAGGAAUCAGGGCGCUCGAGUCGUGGGACGGACGGAGAGCCAACCUAGUCAACGCGGAUCCUAACUCAAACCUGGUAGAGAGCCGGACGGUUAUCCCGACGCUGCAGCAUACUAUUCACAAGGGAGAGACGGUGGCAUAUGUGACGGGGGUGUAUGCGAAGCCCGAGGGACCCAAGGAGGAGUUUCUCAGCGGUUGGGAUGCGCCGCCCCAAGUGCCUAGUUGGCUUGAAGCAGAGUUGAAGUAG